GCAGCCUCCAGUCUCUGGUCACAUGCUAGUCGAACUGGAUCAGCUGACUUCAACCUCCUUCUCCUUUACGAGCUCGUCCUCCUCCUGCACCGACAGCUCAUAUAUUUUUACAAAUAUCAUCAGUAAUUUCGGAUAAAUUGCGGAUUCGACCCUCGACUAUCUUGCUGUCUCAGCAAGCCAGCUGACCGCUUCGAUGCUGCUGGAGUGGAUGAUGAACGGACACGCCAUUCUUUACACGGGGGUCACUUUGGCCUUCUGGAGCACCAUCCUGAUUGUCGGUAUCUGCUACACCAUCUUUGACCUGGGAUUCCGCUUUGAUGUAGCAUGGUUCCUGACGGAGACGUCUCCCUUCAUGUGGGCUAAUCUCGGCAUUGGUCUGGCCAUCUCUCUGUCCGUGGUUGGGGCGGCGUGGGGCAUCUACAUCACCGGCUCCAGCAUCAUCGGGGGUGGGGUUAAAGCUCCUCGCAUCAAAACCAAAAAUUUGGUCAGCAUCAUUUUCUGUGAAGCUGUGGCCAUCUAUGGGAUCAUCAUGGCCAUCGUCAUCAGUAACAUGGCUGAGAGCUUCAGCGGGACGACCCCAGAGACCAUCGGAGCGCGGAACUAUCAAGCUGGUUACUCCAUGUUCGGGGCGGGUCUGACGGUGGGCUUUUCCAACCUCUUCUGCGGCAUCUGCGUCGGCAUCGUGGGCAGCGGGGCGGCUCUGGCCGACGCCCAGAACCCCAGCCUGUUUGUGAAGAUCCUCAUCGUGGAGAUCUUCGGCAGCGCCAUCGGCUUGUUCGGCGUCAUCGUAGCCAUUCUGCAGACAUCCAAAGUAAAGAUGGGCGACUAGAAGAUCCAUUCACUGAAAAAAAAAAAAACCUGCUGGAAAUAUAAAAUGGAUUAUUGUGUAAAUACGUAAAUUAUUGAAAUGCGUCUGGUUGUUUUUAACCAUCAUUCAGAGGUUCACAGUUACUCAGAGAAAGUUUCUCCUUUUGGAGAUCUGACCUGGCGUCUCCUGACCGUCCUGUCAGGUUCUUCUGGCUCGUCCUCGUGAAUGAUGGUUAAAAAUGAGGUUUGUGACUCUUGUGUGCGUGGUGCUCUCUUUCUUUUUCCAUCCUGUGAGGCAUGAGAACAUUUGCUGUUGUGCUUGAAGGUCUGUGUGUAGAAAACUGUGACAUUGUGUGUUGUUGGAUCAUGAGUUGCAGCGCGGUGGACUGGAUGACCUUCAGACGCUGGAAACGUUCUUAUCCCGUGUUUAGACUAGGACGAGUCGUGUGGCGGCCCGGUCAGUGUUUCUGAUCCGACCCACAAAUUAUGUCAGAAUCCGGAUCUUUUGCUCUUUAAUGGAUCAAAAAUUCCAAGUCAAGUUUUCUUUACUGAGAACGUCCGACUGUCAUCUCACGUUAUGGAGGUCAUCCUGCAGGAAUCUUCAUGUUUGUCUUCCUGAAGUGUGUCGCUUUAAAUCUCCACAAGAAGCUUUUUAAAUUAAAACUGUUGUGGAUUUGUCCCUCCAGCCGAUUCUCAAACCUGCAGCCGCACACGUGUCUGAUGUUUGCUUCACGGUUUUAACAUUCCUGACAGACGUGUCAAACUGAUCUUUGAGUGUAAACGGGCUCCAGCAUUUCUUUGGUUCUGUCUGGAUUUGGUUCUGAAGUAUUCCCAUCUGACCGUCAUAAAGGAUGAAAAGUGUUCGUGAUGAAACUGAAAAACGUGAUUUUUGUCUUUAAUGGAAAUGAAAAACCGCCUGAUGGAAUUCUUGGUCUCGACUCGUCAUUCUGCUCGAAUCCUGACGUCACUGCAGCUUCACUGAAGGUGUUGGUGGGAGACCUUCAGAACAGGCUGGAACUCGCUGGACCGGUCCUGAAGAGGUUCUGCAGAUGAUGCUGUUUGUGUAACACGUUGUGGUCCAACAAUAAGUUGUUUUUUUUUUUUGUGGUUUUAUUUGUGCGUCAUAAAUGCCUUUAAAACAAUAAAUGGUUCUUUCAAA